ACAAUCGGUUCAGGAAGAGGCCAAAUCGACCCGAUCCAAAAUUUACGAACCCUAGUAUUUAUGAACCUUUUCCUCCACUCUUUCGUCCCGUGCUCCUUGGUUGGCCGCUGAUCAGCUCUCUGCUUCAAGGAGACUAUAAUCUGUGCUACUCUUAACACCAUCACUGACGAUGGCUAAGAAGCGAAAGCAUGAUUCCAAAGUCACUGAACCAACCGAACCUCCAAAAAAGCAGCAGCAACAACAGAAACAGAAACAGAAAGAAGAAAUCGUGGAACACGUCAAUGAAGAAGAAUUCGAGGAAGUCGAAGAAGAGGAGGAAGAUGAAGUAGAUGAAGAAGUGGAAGAUGAAGAAAAAGAGGAUGAUGACAAUGAUGAAGAUGAAGAUAAUUCUCUACAAAAUAAUCAGAAUCAGAUCAAUGAUGAAGAUGAUGAACCUAUAGAAAAACUUCUUGAGCCAUUUAGCAAAGAGCAAUUGGUCAAUUUGCUUCGGGAUGCUGCUAAUACCCACCAAGAUGUUGAUGAUAGGAUACGUAGGAUAGCUGAUGAGGACCCUGUGCAUAGGAAGAUCUUUGUGCACGGCCUUGGCUGGGACACCACCGCUGAGACCCUCAUGAAUGCAUUUAAGACCUACGGCGAGGUUGAGGAUUGCAAGGCGGUGUGCGACAAGGUGUCCGGUAAAUCCAAGGGCUAUGGAUUCAUCCUUUUCAAGAAGCGAAGUGGAGCUCGCAAGGCCCUCAAGGAACCUCAGAAGAAGAUUGGCAAUCGGAUGACUGCUUGCCAGCUCGCUUCCAUUGGCCCUGUCUUAGCCGCUGGUUCGGGAACCCCUGCACAGCAGCAGGUGUCCGAGUAUACUCUAAGGAAGAUUUAUGUGAGCAAUGUUGGUUCUGAUUUGGAUCCGCAGGAGCUGACUAACUUCUUUGCCAAGUAUGGGGAGAUUGAGGAAGGCCCACUUGGCCUAGACAAGGCAACUGGGAAGCCCAAGGGAUUUUGUUUGUUUGUAUACAGGAACGCUGAGAGCGCCAAGAAGGCACUCGAAGAACCACACAAGAACUUUGAGGGUCACAUUUUGCAUUGCCAGAAAGCAAUUGAUGGGCCUAAACCCGGUAAAUCUAUGCAGCAGCAACAGCAUCGUAAUGUGCGGAACUCGCAUUUUCAGAGGAAUGAUAAUCCUGCUUAUGCUAGUGGAACUGCUCCGGGGCCAGGUCAUUUGAUGGCACCUUCUGCUGGACCUGGGAUUGGUUUUAACCAGGGUGCAGGAGCUGCAGCUGCAUCUGCUUUGAACCCUGCACUUGGUCAGGCACUGACAGCCUUGCUUGCAUCGCAGGGUGCUGGAUUUGGCCUCACUAAUUUGCUAGGAACUUUGGGCUCUGCAGCUGCUGUUAACCCGGGCAGUGUGCCUGGUGCAGCACCUGGAAUGCAGGGUGCCUAUGGUAAUCAAGCAAAUAUAAGUCCCGGAGUGAUUGGAUCUUAUGGAAAUCAAGGAGUGAUGCAGGGUGGGUACUCAAAUCAGCAGCUGGGCCAAGGUGGUUCUGGAAGAGGGCAUGGUGUUGGGCAAUAUGGUGGUGCUGCACCUUACAUGGGUCACUAGAUAUCUUACAUACUUGGUUAAGCCAACCAUUUGUUAGUACUAACUUGCAGAAACAGUAUGCAGUUGGAUGAAAAUAUAUGACUGUUCAAAACUUAAAAAGAAACCAAUAUCCAUCGGUGGUGGUAUAUUAAAAGUUUCUUUGUAUUUGACAACUUUUCCUCUCCCUGGGACGUGUUUCCUCAGUUCUGCGAUGGGUGUUACUUUAGUUUUAGGAUCGAUUGUUUGUAUGUUAAAAGUGACAAAAUUCUUUUGCUUGGAACAUCGUCAUAUUUCAUUAUGCUUACUAUUUUUGAAGGAGUUCUAAAUUAAUGUUAUGACCAAAAUUGAUUCAUGUCGUUGGAGCUUUGGCUGGGGAGGGGUCUUCAGAUUUGAUGUUGUUCUCCUCAAUGAACAGGUUAAAGCUCAAGAUUUGACUUGAUUAUUAUAUGCAAUAUUGUUUCUUAA